AUGACACGCCAAAAGGAAGAAGAGUUUCAAGUGGCUGAUAUGCCUAAUUUGAGUGGCUAUGUUGCUAUUGUCACAGGCGGCAAUUCUGGCAUUGGAUACGAAACAACGCUUCAGUUGGCUAAUCAUGGAGCCCGAGUAUAUAUCGCAAGCAGAUCAAAAACCCGCGUUGAGGCAGCAAUCAAGGCCAUGAAAAGCGGAAACAGUGGUCUAGACAUUCACUUUCUCAAGCUAGACUUGCAAGAUCUUCAGAGCAUCAAGACUACCGCUGAGGAAUUUUCACAAAAGGAGCCUCGUCUGGAUAUACUCAUCAAUAAUGCCGGCAUAAUGGCGUGUCCUUACGAGCUAACCAAGGAUGGAUACGAACUGCAGUGGCAAACUUGCUUUCUGGGGCAUCAUGCUUUUACAAUGUCUUUACUUCCUCUUCUACGUUCAGCUGCGGAAAGUAGCCACAGCAGAGACCGAGUGAGAAUUGUAAAUGUCUCAAGUGAUGCUGCUACAAGCAUGGGACCGGAUAGCAUCAAUUAUAAAGAUCCUAAUCUGGCUGAUUUGAAAGGAAUGACCGCCCCAUGGAAACGUUACGGCCAUUCGAAGCAAGCCAGUAUCAUUGUUGCCAAGGCAAUCACAGACCGUUACAAAUCCAUUGGCAUUACAGCUUAUUCUUUACAUCCGGGUAUCAUCAAGUCAAAUCUCCAGAGCCACGAUACUUCCUUUCUUGGCAUGUUGUCUCGAACCGCGAUGAGAAUUUUUCCGACUCUUUCGCCAGCUGAUGGGGCACGCACCAGCUUGUAUUGUGCUACAAGCCCCAAUGCUCCCUCAUAUGCUGGCCGGUAUUUCGUGCCGUUUGGGAAGGUUGGAACAAAGGAGAAUAGGUGGCUGGAUGAUGCAAAAACCGUCGACAGACUUUGGACGCUCGCAAAUAAUCAGCUCAGAGAUCACGGGUUUGUAAUCGAUGAUAAUGCUGGUAAAUGA